CCCGCUGAGGGCGCCAUGGCCGGGCCGGGACCGGCACCGGGGCCGUGCCCGGGGCUGUACCCGGGGCCGUACCGCGCCACGAGGCUGUGGAACGAGGUGACGCGGCGCUUCCGCGCGGGGAUGCCCCUGCGGCGGCACCGGCAGCGCCUCCGCUCGCACGGCAGCUGCUUCACGGCCGCCGAGGCCGCGGACUGGCUGCACCCGGUGCUCCGCAGCAACAGCAGCUUCGGGCCCGACGUCACCCGGCAGCAAACCGUGCAGCUCCUGCGCAAGUUCCUCAAGAACCACGUCAUCGAGGACAUCAAGGGCCGCUGGGGCGCAGAAAACCUGGAGGAUAACGGUGCCCUGUACAGAUUUCCUCCAACCUCUCCAGUCAAACCUCUACCAAGCCCACCAAGGGAGAACUUGGAAAACUUCUCUGGAGACAAAGGAAAACUUUUUAAGCUGCCCAGCUCAUCCAAAAGGGGUUUGAAAAAACAGGAGUUCCUGCAGUCUGUGGAAAACAUAACAAGACCAAAAGCUGAUGUAAGAGGAGAAAAGAAGGAAGGCACAGUGCAGAGGAGGGAAAUAAGCCAGGAAUACGUGCAGGAAACAUGGAGAAACAUCAUCCAGAUACACUUGCAAACCAUUCUGGGACUGCCCUCGUUGGAGGAGGUUCUGCAGCCAGCCCAGAUCAUCCCUGAGUUUGUCACGUACAACAUGAGCAACACCAGCAAACACGGGGUGGUGAUCCUGCAGGACAAAGCAGAAGACCUCCCUCACUGGGUGCUGUCAGCCAUGAAGUGCUUGGCCUACUGGCCCAGGAACAAUGACAUGAGCCAAGCCACCUACAGUGGCUUUGAGCGGGACGUGUUCAGAACAGUUGCUGAUUAUUUUCUCAGUCUCCCUGAGCCAUUGCUUACUUUUGAAUACUAUGAGCUCUUUGUUAAUACCUUAGUUUUGUGUGGCUGCAUCCAAAUUCCUGAUCUGGGCAGUGGAAAUCGUUCUGUCCAAGAGGAGAAAUGUGACCCUCAGCCUUCAAAACCUCCUCACUUGAACUCUUUCAAGUCCACUGAGUGUCUUCCCCUAAGCCUGCUCCUCAAAGAGUCUGACAAGAAGGAGAAAGGAGAAGCUUCCAGGAGGUUUUCCUCAGAGGAGCUGAGAGCCCAAAACCAGCACAGGAGGAAAUGGCAGCAGCACAAACUGCCACGCCAGCAAGGGAGUGCUGGCAACCUGAUAGGAGGGAGCUGCCAGAAUCUUGCAGCAUCCAGGAAUGACCAAGAGCCACCUGGAGCAUUUAGGACAAGGUGUUACUCCUUGGAAAGAGUUGGAGCUGCUGCUUCAAGUGUGUGUGGUAAAGGAGGAGGUGUGAGCACCAGCAGGAGGAGCGGAGAGCUGCUGGAGGAGCACAGAGUGAACUCGGUGCUGGGGCUGGGCUGGGACAGCUCAGGUCCAGCCCAGGGCCUCAGGGGAGUGCCUGGCCCGUGUCCCUGGGCUGAGGAGCCGUGGGGUGGCAGCCACGGGUCCCUGAGGCUGCUGGGCAGGAGGAGCUGCAGGAGCUGCAGUGCCAUCAACAGACCCAGUGCUGAGAUCACAGUGCAGCCCCUGCCCCGGGGGCAGGGCACACCCAGCCCCUCUGUGGCCAUCAGCGUCCGAAAGAGACUCUGCAGGAGCAGCACAGACCUGUCAGGACGCUCUGUCCCCCCCUCCCCUUGUGUGUUGGUUGGCACAAAUCUCCUGCAGCCUCACCUGGAGAGAAUCGCAGUGGAGGCGCUGCAGAUCUGCUGUUUGCUGCUGCCCCCGCCGAGGCGCAGGAAGCUGCAGCUGCUGCUGAGGAUGGUGGCCAGGAUCAGUGGCAACGUGGACAUGCCACGGCUGCACGAUGCCAUGGGCAACAGGUCCUUGCUGAUCCAGACGUUUUCCCGCUGUGUCCUGCGCUGUGCAGAGGAGGAAGACCUGGAUGAGCUGCUUUCCACACGCCUGCUUUCCUUCCUGAUGGACCAUCAGCAGGAAAUAUUCCAAGUCCCAGUUUACCUGCAGGUUGCUGUGCAGGAUCACCUCAAGUACAUGGAGAAGGCUCAGUGCAAACAGGAAAAAGAAGAAAUUUGUGCCAUCUUGCCAACGUAUUCCUACUGCAAACAAAUCACUCCUCAGGAGUUUGAAGAACAGAAGGUCUCCACCUCACAGGCUGCAGUGGCAGAGCUCCUGGAGAACAUCAUCAAGGAUAAAAACCUCUCUGUGAAAGACAAAAAGAAAAAGUUGAAACAGUUCCAGAAGGAAUAUCCCCAGAUCUACGGGAGCAGGUUCCCGAGGACGGAGGCGGAAGCGCAGCUCCUGGAGAACAAACCCACCCUCAAACAGCCCCUGCUGAGCCUCAGGAAACCCAAAUUCCGCAGCCUCAGGUACUGAUUUCAGCACACCUGAGCCAGCUCUCCCUGCUGGAAGCCUGAGGGAUUCACCAAAGGAAUUGCUGCAGGAGUCUGGUGCUGGCUGCGCUGUGGAAGGAGGAAGUGUUUACAUGGACUUGUGCUGGAAGGUGCCAAAAUACCUUUUUCUGGUGCAGAUACAUUGGAAUGACUUCUAAAAGAAAAAUAUUUAUCUGUUUACAAAUUAUUACAGUAUAUUGGAAUAGGAAAAUGUGAAAAUACACAAAAAGCUGUUGUUAACCAAAAAUUUAUAUAUGGUUUUUUAUGAGAAACUAAUGACCUGCCUCUUGUUACAACCUUUAAAUGUCUGUUCAGGAAUUUGUGCCAUUCAUUGUAGUUUUACAUGUGUGUGUGUUGUGACCAAGUGCCUUUUCCAUUCUCAAAAUGUUUGUCUUUAAACAAAGGAGCUUCUAUGAGUUCAGGACCAGGAGAGCCAGUUCACCAUAAAUAAAUUAUUAUCUCACUCCAUAAAUGCUUCUGUUCAUAUAAUCUGUAAAACCCUCAUCAGCUUUUUUAUAUUUAUUUAUAUUAAAAGACUUGAUGUGUA